UCUCACAGACUGACCGCGGGACUGUGUCAUCAGCCACAGGGGCCCCUGCCGGACUAAUGCUAGCCUGAUUACUACACGCACGGGAAGGGUCCGUGUUCUCCCCGCGAGGAAGAUGACUGAUCCGGGAGCCGGCAGGCUGGACCUGAGCUUCCUAGAUGAGGAGGAAGCCGGCAGGAUCCUGGAUGUACUGGAGAGGGAUGAGCAGCUAAGGAAGGCUGAGAGGGAGAGAGUCAGUAAACUUCAGGCUUCCAAGAGGGACGUGAAAUGGUUACACGCGGCGUCCGGAGAAUGGUUCGAUGAAAUCCAGAAGAAGAAAUUCAAGAAUGAUCCAGACGUAAGGAGCCUCGUGAGGCCCCCGCUUACCCAUCAGCUGAAGAAGAAACCCCCGAGAGGUGGCGCUGAAAGCUCUACGAUGUCUUCAUCGAGACCUCAUUACACUGUAAAGAACUCUGGCUCUAGGACAUCUCUUCUCGGGAUCCGUUCUCCGUUCUCAAUAUUCACCUUCAGGAAAUCUACCAAGCAAAACGCCAAGCCCCAGCAGGAGAGCCAUGGGGUAUUUUCAACUUCAAACCAGGUGCCCAGCAUAACAGAAGAAAAGAAAAAGUUUCAAAUAUACCAGAUGUCUCGGAGCGUCAAGCAGAUCGCAAAACUCUUUGAACCGCCGCAACCUCCAACCAGAGAAAGUGAAAGAGGGCUUAGCGAUGCACAGCUACAAAACGAGGCUUUCAAAGUUUUAGGAGAUCUGGACCAAAAACUUGCACAAGAACAGAAAUUCACACACGUUCGAACUUCUAUAGGCUGCAGAACCGAAGGACUUUACAGAAAUGAGAGUUCACCCCACAAUAUGUCGCGAUAUGGGAAGGAUUACAGCUGCCCACCCGUGCAAGAUGGGGCAAAGACGAUUUCUCUGGGAGAAGGACAUGAAACGCGCGCCACGUACCACCCGAGGAAAUUUUAUGACAUGUAUUCGAACAGAAACCGUACAGUCACGAAGCUGCCAUCAUCAAAUAAGAAUGUUUUUGAAAAAAGUCCUUCUCUUUGCUCAACUCUUCAUAGCAAACCACCCAGCGAUGGACCCAACUUGGGAACGUUUUCAUCCAGCAGUUUACAGUUUACGACUUUGGGACAAAGCUUUGAUGUGGAGAGGCCUAAACAUCACAGGCCUCGGAGAACCUCGGUCACCUCUAUUCAAUGGGGACGGCCCUUUUCUCCUCCGAACACUGACAGCAACCCCGAACCGUUCAGAGCGCAAUCUUCAAUGGAUCUUACAAAUCUUAAUAGCAGGCCUCAUCACAACAGGAUGUAUGAGCUCUACAGGGACAAGAAAUAUCAAGAACCGGCAUCCAUUACCAAGCCAAUGACUAAGCCAAGUUUUGCUUAUGACUCGAAAACAUCAACCCUGCGAACCAAUUCAUAUAAUAAGUGGUUUUCUACCCAUGAAGUUCAAUAUCCGGAGCCAAAACCUUUAAAUAACAUUCCAAUGCAGGAGCCGAUGGACUGGGAGGAAGAAAAUAAAGAAAACUCUUUUAAUCCAAGUCAACUAAAAAGUCCACAUGGUUUGGAUGUUCUCAGAGUAGAAAGUGACAGAGAAGAGGAAUCAAUGGAAACCAACUGUGAGGAUGAAUAUCCGAUACAAUCCCUGAAUCCCCCUGUUAUUCAGCAUUUACAGGAAAGUGGGGGAAUUCUAAAUCAUUUGGACAAAGAAGACCUCCAACGUGAUAUUACUGUAAAUGCAGAGUUUGCAAAAAUGGACUUUGGUACAGAUGCUGAAUCCAGACCACAACUGAGCCCAAAAAACACCUUUUACCACAAUGAUAGCUUGGUAGAUUCUUCUGAAUUCAAAGACCACAGUGAACAUAAACCGUUAAAAAUAUUGAACGAUAAUUGGUCGGCAUCCGAUACAGCUAAAGAAGAUCUUCCCAACGUCUCUUCUCAAUGUGUGGAUCCCAUAUCAUCCCUUCCAAGUGGCUCACCAUUAGCUCUCGGAUAUAGGGAAUCUUGUUCUAUUUCAAAAAUGGGGCCAUAUGUUCCUGGACUACUGCUCAUGAACAACAAUUUACCAGAAUGUGUGUCUCAAAACCCAACUAUCCCUGACAGUGCAGAGCAAACAGAUACCCUAACUACAAAGUUAUCAAUUUUAUCAAACGCUGAGGAUUCUGUUUCUAACAAAGCCUCUUCAUUACCUAGUAACGCAUAUAGUCUUCAAACACAUGACAGCUCAAACAUGGCAGACACCAGUCAAUCGGGAUAUCAAAUAAAAGGUCCCAGUUCUGGUCUAAGAAACCAAAGACGAUACUCGCCUUCUCUUCCUGAUGUAAGUAUCUGGAGAAACUACUUGAGUAGCAACAGAGUCAGUCAGCUGAAAAAUGAAAUAAAAAAUGGAGAAUCCAAUGCUGAGCUGGCUCUCAAAAAGGCCUGUAACCAGCAUACCAUAACAAAUGACCCAGAUUUCACAAACAGAAGCCAACAUACCACAAGUGUUAGCCCACAUUCCACCAAUAAUGUACCUUCUGGAGACAGUAAUGCCCACAAUAAUCAAGUUGCAUCUGAUCAACAUGUCGAACCACAGACUAAAAUUUCAACAGGGCUACGUAUAUUCUCAAAUGAACUAAUGAAUAAAACACUGCAAGAUAAAGGAAUAGAUAAGAACUCCGGUCCAAUUAAAGCACCGCAAAAUUCAAUGGAAAAAGGACAAAGCAAAACUGAAAUGCAUCCAAGUCCGGAUCUUAAUGAUUUACGGGUACCAAGGACGUUGAUUAUAAAAUGUCAAAGUGUUGCUGACACAAAUAACAAUAAACAGUUGCUAGAGCUACAACAGACCUCCGAUAACCUAUAUCGGUAUAACCCCCCUUAUUCAUUAGAUGUUAUUGUUCCUUCACCUGUGAGCAAAAAAGUUGACUAUUCUGAAAGUACAAUUGCUCAUGAUCCGGGGUCCUCUGAUGUGAAAAAUAUUGGUCUCGGUAAUGUAAAUGCAACCAAUAAUGGGGAUCAACACUUAGCAAAUAACCUGUUUCCAAAGCAAAAUCUUAAUUAUGGUGAUGUUUCAGUGACUGAUCAACAAAGCCUCGAGAAGAAAAGUCAAGACAAUCAAGACAAUAACUCAAACAUAAAUAUUAACCAAACUUUAAUCGAUGUGAGUAAACAUGUGGACGAAAGAGCAUGUGAAUCAAUGGAUAUGGACUUUCCUACAUUUCCAUUUAAAAUGGUGGAAGAAAGCCAUCAUGCGUAUUCUUCUAAUACAGCAGCAAGUCAAUCAGGUUCAUGGACUACAGCCAAGAACCUACUAAAAGGCUACUUACUUUUGGCACCCGAGCCCUAUAAGGCUAGUACAAACAUGAAAGAGAAACUUUGGAAUAGCCUUCCAAUAGAAUGGCCUCGGGUUAACACAAACAGCCCAACAUCAAAUGUCUUCACAGAGCUUCCUACGGGGGACACAACUUGUGAGAAUGUGAACAGCCCUAAGCCUUAUAGUUUCACAAGAAUCACAGAGAACACAAAGAUCUACGAGACAAGUGGUACAAGUUCAUCAGAUUCCGGUCAAAUAGAGUAUCAUAAACAGGUUUCAAUCUACUAUAGCCUUCCUCGCAAGCAUUCAAAGGAGAUGCUGGACGUUCCUAUGAAACCUCUGCACAACAUUGAUAGCACCCUUGAAAUGAACAACGCUCCCACCGCUCUCUUAGAAAAGAUUGCAAACCGGCACCAAAGGCCGAUUAAUACAUGUGAUAGGAUGAGAAAACCAUUGCUGUCUGACACUGCUGAGCGUUUAGCAGAAGAACCGCUCUCAGAAACUGCAACCGAAUCUAAACAAAGCUGUGCAGACUUUCCUAUCAUUCCCCUGGAAACUACUCUUCUGAAGGAGAGUGCACGGUCCCACAUGAAUAAAGAGACAAGACCUCUCAACUAUAAUAUUUUGGGUAAAUUGAAGUCUUUAAGGAUAACUGAAAGGGAUGGAGACUAUAACACGAAGGAAGAUACUCCUGUUGUUUUGUACGGCCAGAGGAGAAGUCUAGAUGAAAAUGAUUAUUAUAGUCUUGAAACCCCUGGUAGAUAUAGGCGGAAUUCCUACACGCUACCAAACAGGAAAACAUACGUCAGGGAUUUGGAGAAAAAUAACCCAAAGAAAGAUGUCCACGAUGUUUAUUCACACAAUGGACCGUAUGCCACAAAAUCAUCUAAAAGCCUUUCAUCUUCUCCAGAAUUUGGAAAUUAUAACCUCAAUCUUUCGCCUACUUACAUCUCCACAUACUCCUGUCCUGAGGAAAGUCCGGAGAAGUCAAAUAACAGGGCUGACCUUUGGGAUUAUGACCACGUACUACUUAAGAAGAGGUCAGUUGAUGAGGGCUUGAUUAAAAGGGAAGAAUUUCCUUCCAUCUACCGCUCCAAAAGUUUGAAGGACAUUGGAACAGAGGACCCCUUCGACCUUAUAAACAAAGGCAACAGAAUCCACUCAGAAUGGAACUCAAGACCACAACUGUCUGACCAGUCAAGUCCCCAUAGAUCUGAGAACCGUUCACAUCAAAGACGACCAUCCUAUUGUUCCCAAUUUGUUCAAAAGCAAAUGAAACGUGCUAAAGUUGCAAAAAAGUUCACUUUCUCGCUUGACAGUGCAGAAAACAGCAGCUUGCCAUUCGAUAAUUCCCCUAGGUUAUCUGAUGAAUUGGAUUCCCCAUUCUUACACCAUUCCACUAAUGAAGUCUAUCAGGCUAACCUAAAGAAUUGUCAUGGAUAUAUGAACCCAGCAGAACGAGCUAACGCCAACAAUGGCACUCAUUCAAACAUGUACCGCUCAAAGAGCUUGAAAGCGUUGAAUGGGAAAGAGCAAAAAGAUUUAUCAAACUCCAAAAAGAGGCAUGGCCGAGAGUUUUCUUCAAAAAGUCAUGGUGAAAUCUUAACUCCUCGGCCUCCGUCGAUUUACUCAGAUUAUGGUAAUCUGAAUUACGACAGCGGAUUCCCAGCAGACGUGAUAAUAGAUGAAAAUGAUAACUGGCCGAGUUAUUCCCAAAAACCAGCACACACGUCUAAAUCUCUUGACUAUGGCAUUUUUGGAAAAGAGCAGCAGGAGGCCAUUUUGAACAACGUCAGGAGGUCACUUACAGAGGGUCGGUUAUGGCGGCCAUGUUUCCUUAAAAAUCCCGGGUUUCUAAAGGAUGAAGAAAGCCAUCAGUGCGAUGAUUCUAAGUGUACAAGUUGUCACGCGCUUAGCAGUCCGCCACAGGGGUCUAUUCCAGGGUCACUUAAUAUAUAUGAAGAUAAGGCCCAUGUGCGCUCCGACUCUGACACAGACACAACUACUGAUGAUGAAUAUUACUUAGAUGAACAUGAUAAGGAAUCAGAACUCUAA